CGAGUCAAUCUGCUGCGGCGGACUUAAUCCCAAAAGCUGUUGUUGUCAACACCACCUUUGUACCUUUGUGACCAGUGUUAAAAAUCAUCCGGUAUAUGCAGAGGUAUAAAGGUCCAAUGAAAAUGCGCGGCCCUUCCUUCAUUCUCUUUCCUUCACUUCACAGCGUCCUGGGGACGUUGUCGCGUUGCGACCUUUGACCAUACUUGCGCCACUGCUCGUUAUUAAGGAAUGUUGUCGAUCGCCUCCGCCAUCGUCUUCUUCACCACCAUUUGUUCACCCUCCGUGCUCGGCCACGGACUUGUCGAGUCCAUCAAAUUCGAUGAAGUGUCGUAUGACGGCUACCCUGCAUACACCUAUAUGGCGAUGAAUCCUCUUCCCAAGCGCAUAGUUCGUGCCAUGCAUAGUAACGGCCCCAUUACGGAUGUCAACUCGUUGACUUUGGCUUGCAAUGACCCCGGUGAUGUCGCGGCUUUGGUGGCAACGGUUUCGGCUGGUGCAACCGUCAAAUAUCACUGGAACGAAUGGCCUUCGUCCCAUAAAGGCCCAAUUACCAACUACCUCGCGUCUUGUCAUGGAGAUUGCACCACUUUCAACGCAACUGACGGAGAAUGGUUCAAAAUCGACCAAUCUGGCCUGGACAACGCCACUGGAAAUUGGGCUACCGACACGUUUAUUGCAAAUAACUUCACUUACACUUUCAAGCUCCCAUCUCACAUCCCGUCGGGGCAAUACCUCCUCCGCCAUGAAAUCCUUGCCUUGCAUCAGACCGGGGUACCACAAUAUUAUCCCUCGUGUGCUCAAAUCAACAUCCAGGGUGGUGAUGGUGGGCUUCCCCCUGAGAAAUAUCUCGCCAAGUUUCCUGGCGUGUAUAAGCUGUCGGAUUCAGGCGCCGCCAUCAACAUUUACUAUCCCAAACCCACCUCCUACGAGAUUGAGGGGCCUCAAAUUGAUGCUGGCCUUUACGCCUCUGGUGACACCCCCACAAGUGUUCCUGACCCAUAUCCUCCCACAACCACAACCACCCCUACCCCCGUCGCUGGCUCUAGUACCUCGUCCACUCCCACUCCCCGUUCCACCCCUACCUCUGCCGCUGACUCCAAUACCUCAUUCCUUACCCCUUCUACUACUACCGGGAUCCCUUCCACUUUGCAGACGCCUUCCCCCACGCAAGCUAGCGCAACUUCUCGUCAUCACCAUUGCUAUCAUCACGCACACAAGAAACCCCACAAGCCAACUAUGACAUCUGUAUCUCCGGGAGGUCCAGGGUGGAAGAGGUCUGUGGCGCAUGCGCCGAGGUUUGUCCGGAACAUCCUUGCAGGAUUAGCAACUUUCUAGUGGCAGUUGCCCAUUUGCGUUUCCAUCUGUUACACCCAAUAAACAACCACUGGUAUUGGUUGAUGGUGUGUGCCUGAGAUGAAAUUCGCUCUACCUUGUUCCUUUGGGCCGUGCCUAUUAAUGUACUUAAAUUGUGCUUAAGCCUCUUCUGGGCCUUGCAUCCACGAUACUAUCUUCUUUCACGCAUGCUCACAUGUCCAACUUGUAUCAGCCCCCGUAUAAUUCUGCUGAGAACUGGAGUCAUUGACGGUAAGCGCUGCCCGGCCUACCCCUGAGUCGAACAGGGCUCGUUGCGCGUUGCGCACAGUUCAUCCGGACUUCUGCACUGGCCAGUGUGUUAUCGACGACCGACGAUGAGUAUCUACUUUAACUUCUGCGGCGCGGCGCUCCCCGUG